CUCCGUGCCCUUUUCAACGCGCACGAUAUUUGUUUACCUAGCAACAGACUAGCGUUAGCAACUUUUUUCUAUAUGACACCGGCAUGUAACAAAAAUCAUUCUCCGGUGAUUAAUUCGAAAUAAUAACUUUUAUUCUAAGAUAUUUUCCUAUUCAGGCUGUUGUUUGUUCUUUUCUAGCUUUAUGUUGGAGCAACAAAAGCUAACGGUAACUAGGUUGGGAUUUUUUCACAGAGGAGGAUGGCUUUUCAGGACUCGUCUCGUCCAUCCGAGGAGGAGGCUUUCUACGUGCAGUGCAGAGCUGCCUACCUUGCUGUGUUUAGAUCUAGUUUGACAAAUAUAACUUCAAAGCAGCAGUUGUGUCGUGUUCUUCAGCAGGCUGGUAGAAAUCCAUCCCAAGCCAAUCUCAGUGCUUACUGGACAUCUAAAACCCCUAAACUGACCUUCGAUGACUUCUGUGAGAUUCUCAAGCAUGAGAAGAAAACAGAGGAAGCUGAGCUGGUGAAAGCAUUCAGAAAAAUGGAUGUUAAUGGUGAUGGCUACAUCACACACAGUAUGCUGGAAAAGGCUUUGACCACUGGAGGAGAGAAAAUGACAGAGGAGGAAGUGAAUGCUAUUUUUUCAUUAGCAGACAUCAACAAGGAUGGAAAACUGGAUUAUACACAGUUCUGCAGGUUGCUUGCAUCCACAGUGGAGCGGUGUCAAACGGUUGCCUUGGACAAGCUUGAAGCUGACGCCAAGAUGAAGAGACAGAACUUUGGCAGUCAGUCGUACAGCCCUCUGAAAGCAUCAGCUUUAUCUUUGGAAGCUGCUCAUCCUGCAGAAUGUGGCUUGAUGCUCAAGAGAGAUAGUCGAUCCCGUCCUUCCUCUGCUCGCAGCAGACGCUCCUCACUGUCAAACACACUCACAAUGACGCCCAGCAGCUCUGUGAGCAGCAAAGUUCCAGAACCUCCAGGUUUACAGGAGUGGCAUCACAGCUUUAUGAAAGGAUGCUUCUUUGUAGAAGAUGAUGGGAGUAUUAGCUCCCCACAGUACCAGCUUCACAUCCCCCAGACAACCAGCACAUACAUAACCAUCCAGCCACUGAGCCUCGCCCACAGACCCGACAAGUCUUCGUCAUGGAUGUCAGUGGACACUGCUCUGUUUGUUGUGUCGGGGGGUCAGAACAAAGAGGACUCGACUUUAGUGGGUUUCACAGAAUCAAAGGACAAAGAAAAAUAUGUUUGGAAGGGAGAACUAAGUGCUGGAACAUACCUGCUGCUUCCCUUCACCAGUGGCUGCAGAUUAAAGAAACAAAGUAAAAAACAUGUUCCCAAUAAAUCUGUUGAACUUGUCUAUAAGACAGACAGCGGAGACCUGGACCUCACCAAGGAGCUGAGGGAGGUGCUCUCUGACAUAUUUGAAACAAUCGACCUGGAUGGGAACGGUUUGCUCAGCCUGGAGGAAUAUAAUCUCUUUGAGCUGAGAACGAGUGGAGAGAAGUGUGAUCAAGAAGCCUGGGCCGUGUGCAAAGAAAAUUUUGAUAUGAGAAAGAACCAGUUGACACGGCAGGGCUUUAUGGAGCUUAAUCUGAUGGAGGCCACCGAGAAAGAUGGAGACCCUGCAGACCUGUGGAUCACGCUGGAAUCAAUGGGCUACAAUUGCAUGCUGGAGCUGGUAGAGGCGUGUCCAUUCCAGGUAGACGUUUACUGUGAAGCCUCACAGCCAACCGUGCAGCCACUCGGUGUGGACUCAGGUCCUAAACUACUGAACCAAGCCAUCCUGAGGUCCAUCACAUCGAGAACAGGGGCUAAAGCAUUGAGGGGGAAUGAGAACGUCUUCAUCUACACCUACAGAGGGGAGCACAGGAUCUCCUCCCUUGUAGCCAACAAGACCAAUCAGAGAGUGACCGUUCAUGUGAACAAUGAGCAGAACAGGAACUGCUGCAGCAGCAGGGGCAUGUCUGUGUUUGCUGUGGAAAUACCUGCCAGGACUAAAAUGGUGUGCCAACACGUGUUACCCAUCGAUGAGAACCAGGACUGGACCUAUAACUGCAUGGAGACCGUUCUACCUGGUACAUAAAGAAAACACAAAGUUCCUCAGAAGCGUUCAUAUUAGUGAGUUUUGCAAGAUAAUGGUGGACUAGAGUGCCUUGAAGCUUUCUUCAACAGUGAAUGGGGAUUACAGGGUUUUUAAGUCCACUGGUAUCUUAUGAAUGGGAAAAUUAAAACAUUCUCUUGUUGUGCUUAAUUAGCUUUUCGAAAAUAGCCCAUCAUGUAAACUUUCAAUAGAAUAGUAAUGCUUAACCUGUGAAACCUGAAAACCUCUUACUUACAGUAACUGAAUGACCUGCUGCAACCACAUAAGGUAAUAAAAGAGACAAUUACAAGUUUCCCAUUGAGGAGUUUAUAAACAUGUAAGUUUUACCUGGAUGCAGCAAACCGUUCAGAUGAUCACAAUGGACGUGCAAGACAUCCAAAGGCUGGUUUUCAUAUGUGGCUUCAUACCAAAUCAAGGCCAGACACCUUGAGGCCAACUCCAUGUGUAACAGUUUAAUUAAGAUUGCUUACCAUUUUCAGUUGAGCUUGAACUGUUUUACUAUGUUUGUGUUGUUUAAACUUGUUUCUUAUUUGUGAAAUUGUUCUAACGUUGUGUGAAGCUUGCUGCUGCCUUGACCAGGUCUCCCUUGGGAAAGAGAUUUUUAAUCUCAAUGGAAUUUUCUUCUUGGUGAAAUAAAAUAAAUAAAUACAAAUAUUAAAUGCCAAAAAUUGCA